AUGCAAGUUUGGCGCUUUGCCAAAGAGAAAACACGCCAGGCAGGUUAUUUCUUCACAGGAAAAUCCGAGGCCGAAAAGCUGGUUUAUGAAGCAACAAAUGACGACCCAUGGGGUCCUGCAAAUACACAAAUGCAAGAAAUUGCACGCAUCAGCUACAAUUACAACGAAUGCGAGAAUGUUAAAAAGGCCCUUUGGGAUCAGAUGGGCGAUAUUAAGGAAAUCAGACACGUCCAGAAAUCCCUGUUACUUUUAGAGUAUCUUCUUAGAAACGGCCCAGAAGCAUUCCGUUCUGAUACAAGAACAAUGCUCGGCCAGCUCCAGCAGCUUACUACCCUCCACAUGUAUGAAGUUGGAGAGGAAGCUGCCCUCGAAGCUGUUGUUAGAAAGAAAGCCCAAGAUAUCAUCAACUUAGUCAACGAUAGCGAUUUAUAUCAGAUGGAACGUGAGAAAGCCAAGAAGCUCGCAGGUGCUACAGGCGCAGUUUCCGGAAAUACAGGAUUUGGAUUUGGUGGCGGAUAUCAGGACUCUUACAGCAUGAAUAGCAACUAUAAUGAUAGCUAUAGCAACACUCGUAAUUACGAUGACGAUUAUACAACCCCAUCUGCUAAAUCUAAGCCACCUCCAUCAGAUUCAGAAGACGAAGACGAUCUCGACUUCGAUCCACGUGCAGGAGCUGCCCCAGCACCAACUGCCCCGGCCCAACAGAACACAUUCGAUCCAUUCGGAGGAGCUCAGCAACGCCAACAAAACACUUUCGACCCAUUUGGCAACUCCCAGCCACAGCCACAGCAGAACCAGUUCAACGCUUUCGGAGCUCCAGCGCCAGCCCAGAAUCAGAACCAAUUCAACGCUUUUGGAUCUCCAGCUCCACAGCAGAACCAAUUCAACGCAUUUGGAUCUCCAGCUCCACAGCAGAACCAAUUCAACGCUUUCGGUUCACCAGCACCAGCUCCUAAGCAGCAGGCUCCAAUGGACCUCCUCGACUUCUCUAAUCCUCCACCUGCUUCAAAGCCAGCCGGCGGAUUCGCUCAGCCAAUGGCUCAGCAGCAGCCGAAGCCACAGCAGAAGGCCCCGGCAAAGCCAAUCAACGACUUCGGCGGCUUAG